AGAGACCAAGAAAAUUAAUACAAAACUAUCCGUUUCUUUCGCCGACCGGUUCAGUAACCACCACAGUCGGUCGGCUCCGUCUACUCCAGCUGAACUCUGCAUUUGAAAUCGGUUUCUCAGACCACUUUGCAUUCCGCAUUCCUUUUUAUACAUCGCUGAAUUCCAACCAAUCCUAUAACUACAUAAAAUUGCUUGAUCUAGAUCCUAAUUGAAAGCGUGAUAAGAUGCUGCCGAGAAGACGUGUUGUAGACCUCUUGCAAGUCAUCUCUUCUCAAUCAUGCAAAUGCCCUGCCCACGCAAAUCCCGGGGGCCUUGGAGGACAUCAACACAAUCAUGGAAACCUCCAGAGUACCACUUCGACUGCUACCCCCUCGAAGGAAUACGCCUUUGAGAUGGCAUGCUCGACGAUCAGAUACGGUCUCGGAGUAACAAGGGAGUUGGGAAUGGACAUGCAAAACUUGGGAGCUAAAAGAGUUUGUCUUAUGACGGACGCAAAUCUGGUGAGUCUUUCGCCAGUAAAAACUGCCCUCGAUAGUCUAGCGAAGCAUGGGGUGAACUUCGACCUCUACGAUAGGAUCAGAGUAGAACCGACAGAAGAGAGUAUUCAAGAUGCGACGAAUUUCGCAAAAGCAGGAAAAUACGAUGCUUACAUUGCCGUUGGUGGGGGGUCCGUAAUGGACACUUGCAAGGCCGCAAAUCUGUACGCUUCUGAUCCAGAGGCAGAAUUUUUAGAUUACGUAAACGCACCAAUUGGAAAAGGAAAACCUGUACUUGUCACCGUCAAGCCCUUGAUUGCUGUGCCAACGACUUCUGGUACCGGUUCAGAGACUACCGGAGUUUCGAUUUUUGACUACAAACCACUCAAAGCUAAGACAGGAAUAGCCAACAGAGCGAUAAGGCCAACUAUGGGGAUGGUUGAUCCCCUGCACACCCUGACUUUACCGGAACGAGUCUGUGCUUAUUCUGGGUUUGAUGUUCUCUGUCAUGCUCUUGAAUCUUUCACUGCCAUUCACUAUACCGAACGGACACCUUGUCCUACCAACCCGAUCUUAAGACCAGCUUAUCAGGGACAAAAUCCAGUCAGCGAUGUCUGGGCACGUUACGCUCUUCAGGUCAUGCAAAAGUAUUUUAAAAGGGCGGUUUAUACCCCUGAUGAUAUUGAAGCAAGAAGUAACAUGCAUUUGGCGAGCACCAUGGCUGGUGUAGGAUUCGGAAAUGCCGGAGUCCAUCUCUGCCAUGGCUUGUCGUAUGCCAUAAGUGGUAAUGUGCGCAAAUUCCAGCCAGAGGGAUAUACCGCUGAUCAUCCGAUUAUCCCCCAUGGUCUAUCUGUUGUUAUGUCGGCACCAGCCGUCUUCGCGUUUACCGGAAAAGCCUGUCCCGAAAGACAUUUGGAAGCAGCUCAGUUGCUCGGAACUGACGUAAGUAAUGCGAAGAAAGCGGAUGCUGGUCAAAUAUUAGCAGAUACCGUGAGAGAGUAUAUGCGAGUAAUGAAAGUUGAAAACGGAUUAGAGGAAUUGGGUUUUGUGAAGGACGAUAUACCGAUAAUGGUGCAAGGCACGCUACCACAGCACCGUAUCACAAAAUUGGCUCCCCGCGAACAAUCACAGGAGGAUUUAGCUCAACUGUUCGAAAACUCGUUUAAGAUUUAUUAAGAAAAAUAGUUCGUCAAAUAAACUUGUAAAUAAUAUAUGAAUUCACGAUUCUCAAUUCCUUCGUUCAACACUGAUAAAUUGAGGGUUUUGUCAAUAAAAAAUUUUUAUAUUUUUAAACCUGCUCAUAAAGGAUUUCCUCUCACAAUCAGUAUGUGUAUAUUAAACUCCUUAUAUUAUUUGAA